GAUAUGAUUGUGUCGAAGAUAAACCUAAAAGAAAGUCGUUGGAACGUUUGAAGAUAUAAAGUUUCAUGUAAAAGCGUUAGAAGAAACCUUUUGAAAACAUAUCUAAAGACAGUACGAAGUGAGACAUCGUCGCAUGCCGUACUAUAAUAAAAUAGAAGGGUGGGAUUUCCCAGUAAACAUUAAAAAAAGGGGUGAGUCAGGAAGGUGUUUUAAUAUUCAUAGGGCACAUGACUAAUCUUUCCGAGUUAAUGAGAAUGGAUGAGUAGUGGAAUAUUGAGGUAACGUGAUAAAAUGUGAAAAGUAAAAUAUUUUCGUUUACCUGAAGAGUAAAACGUGACGUUUUGUAAGGAUUUUAAAAAAGCAUCGAUAAUGGACGGAGAAAAUGCACCUUUGUUAAAUCAAAUUUCUCCUUUAAAUGAUGCGAAAUUAUUCUUUUACGGUCUUGGACACGUUUACAACGAUUUAUGUGCUGCCGUUUGGUUCUCUUAUACAUUAUUCUAUUUUCAAAUUAUUUUGGAGAUAGAACCAACGACUGCUGGUUCUCUGAUGAUGUUGGGCCAAGUCGCCGACUCGCUGGCCACACCAGUUUGUGGCUGGGCAAUAGAUCGACUAAAUAAGCCGAAGGCGUGGCACAAAGCAGGUACGGCAGCGGUCGCCGUGGGGUUUUGCAUGAUAUUCUCUUUAAAACCAACGUUGGAUAGUUGGAAAUUAUUAAUUUAUCACACCGUUUUCGUCAUAAUCUUCCAAAUUGGUUGGGCAAUUGUGCAAAUAUCUCAUUUAUCGUUAAUACCAGCAAUUGCAAUAGACCAACGUCAAAGCUCUAAUUUAACUACCGUUAGAUACACAGCUUCUGUUUGCUGCAAUAUCUUUGUUUACUUAUUAACAUGGAUCGUUUUACAAAACGGAGAAAACCCCAACAACAUAGGCCCGAAAGAUAUCUUCAAAUUUCAGGAAUUAAUUUUUAUAAUAACCGCCUUGGGAGUAUGCACCUCAUCGAUAUUUUACUGUGGAAUACCGCAACCAAAUUUCACAUCGCAAAGAGAAACACCACAGAAAGUGAAUAAAAAUGUAUUAAAAAAAUUCAGCAUUUAUACGGUAUCUUUGAUGUACAUGUCUUCGAGGCUUUGCACCAUUUUGAAUUUAAUCUACGUCCCGUUGUAUUUAGAGGAACGAUACAGUAACGGUAGCGAUAAAGAUCAUGGUAUUAGAAGUGCCGUGGCCGUAGUUCCGUUGGUCAGUUUCUGUGCAUCGUUAUUCGCUUCAAUUCUCUUAAGAUAUAAACCGAAACAAUUUGGUCACCGUUUAACUUAUCUGGUGGGGUCAAUUUUUUGCCUUGGAGGAUCUGGAUGGAUUGCUUAUGGGAUACCAUUAGGUUCUUACAAUCAAUUGUAUGCUGCUGUUAGUUUUACAGGAAUUGGAGGAUCUGCAACGAUGGUUAGCAGCUUAUGUUUGACGGCGGAUUUUAUAAAAAUAAAUGGCUAUGGUGGGGGUUUUGUAUAUAGCGCGGUUACGUUUGCGGAUAAAAUACUUUCUGGGGGAGUUGUAUUGCUUAUACAGUAUUUGCAAUGCUCGCCAAAAAAUUUAUGCCCCUUGUAUUACGAAGCUGUUUUAGCAUACGCUUGCAGCUCUUCUGGGAUUUUAGGGUUAUUUUCUUUAAUGUUAUUGAGUUUUGAAUAUUAACUCCCGCCAUCUAUUAUCACGUCCGCAAAGAUUCCUAUUCUAAAUGGCGGAUUUUUAGGUUUUAAUAAUAAUAUACAAAUUAAAUUAAAAAAUAUUUAGUUUUGGUCCAUAGAUAGUCAGUUUACAUUUAUAGACAAAAAAGGAACGCGUCCUUAACAGGGGUCAUCAGCCUAAAUAUUACAGAUUAUAA